UGCUUUAGAAGCACGUGGAGCGAAAAAAAAAGAGUCGGGCAUGGGGUGCGAUCGAGUCUGUCUUCGGAGAUUGAGGGUGGACGGAAAGGUGACAGCCAGCCGGUGAACAUGUUUGGACAUUUCGAUUUCUACAGGUAGAAGGAUGCAUCCGCGAAGUAGAAAGGUUCAGACCGUGCCGUGCUUCGGAAGCGUUGAGUUCGCGACGUGUGUGUGGAUCGCGUGUGCCGUUUUAACCCUGCUAGCUUCUGCGGAGGGUUUCCGCAUCCUCGACCGGUAUGGGAAACGACACGAGCCACGUGUGGAUCCCCUGAUGUGGUUGAGGUACGGUCGCAGCGACGGCUCGCAAAACGGCAUGCCGUUGCCAAACGCUGUGGAUGCGAUGCCCAGGAAAAACCGACUCUUCCUGAACAUUCGAUACGGUAAACGAUCGUCUCCGGAUUACCGAACGGUUUCUUCCGUGGAUCGAUUCAACGCGGUCCUCGGCUUCGUGGGUCGCGACGAGUCUGUCCGAGAGAUCGAUGCGAGCAACGCCAGCGAUCCCGAGUUUCUUUCCUAAGACUAACCGUUCUCCGAUAUCUGCGAGGACUCGCUAACUAUUCUUCCGCAAACAAUAUGAACAGAGAGUGGAAGAGGGUCGUGAGAAGACUCAUCGAUCGUCUUGUCGUAACGAAGUUAACAAAACAGAUUCGUUGAUCUCACGGAGGAGGAAGAGACGAGUUUCGGAAGCUGUUUUCUCUCUCGACUUCGAGCCACGAUUUUCUUUACCAUUCGAUCCAGACGUUCGUCGAUUCGCUUUCGUCUAUUUUGCUUUUCCGAUGAGCUACGUCGCUUUCCGCUCGAUUUUCCAGCUACAAUUAUUUCGUAGAAACGAUUGUCCAGCGUUGCGCCGUUAGGCUUAACGAUAACGUUGUUCGGCUCUGAUUACCAUCGAUCGCGAACUUUAUUUUGCGAUUUCAAUCGGCAGCGGAAUAGGCGUCCGAGCUUUUCCGAUUCCGUUCCUGCGACCUUUUUAGAAAAUUUGCUAUAAAAUCGAACGCGCGCGUUUAUUCCGCCUGGCAUUCGACGCGUACGCGCAGUGCGCGAACUUUUUUUUUUUAUUGUAAUUUGUUUCGUAAAAGAGUCUCGUGGGAAACGCGCACGCAUUUUCGCAACGCCUCGUCGAACGCCGAGUCACAUUAUUUUUGCAUAAGUUUCGUCGAUUGCCAGUGGCACGGGUCGGUGUUAGAUCAGCCCGCAGGGAAAUUCUUUCCCCCUUAACUUUCGCGUUCUCCACGAGCCUUUGUCCUUUUUCCUAUUAUCAAUUUAGCGUUUGUUCGCCGGUACGUAUCCGAUUAAAUAAUCGCCAUUAUCUUUUCCUAUUCUCGCAACGUAUUCGGCUAUUCGUCGUUUCGAAACUAUUUGGCUCCCGAAUACGUAAUUCGAUUCUCUCGGUAUCUCUUAGUUGCCGUUCCAUGCUCUUUAUCGAUCGACGAUCGAAUUACAAAAGUUCCCUUUCUUUCGUCGACAAAGUUUUUGCUUUCGACGAGUUCUCCUUUUCUCCCAAAUUUUCUUCAAUUCGGCCAAUUUAACCGCCAUUCGCUCGCGGAGGCGCAACAGGUACGUAUUACGCGCAGUAUUCGAUCGAUUAUUUCGUUGGUCCAGGGUAUUGUUUCCCCUUUGGCCGGGGCCGUGACCGCCGAUAACAAUGAACGUUUAAUUUCCGGUUUCGAAACGCACGGCGAGCAAACGGCGAGCAAACGGCGCGGAAAACGCGAGACGCGAUCGUUUACGGGCCACGGUUUACCGUCGCGGAUAUACAUAUGUAUUUUUCUCUCUUUUUCCUCUUUCGGAGAGUGUCUUACGAACUGGUUGGUCGCCCUCCUCGGUCCUUCUACUGGUCGCGGCUGUUCCUACCAUCGUCCCUCGAGUCAACCAGCGUGUCAACCAUCCCCCAGUCGUGUAAUAUAGCCACGUGAAUGUAUACUGAAUAAAUGAUCAAUUUAUUCCGUGAA